CCUAGUAGAGAGUAGUAAAGGGUUAUUUUUCGUGCAACGUAUUUUGUCAUUUUCAUUUCAUGUGGUGCUAUGAAAAAACGUUUUUUAUUUGCAAGAAAUUUUUAAUUGUUAGUUCAUUGUGAAAUUUUAAUUUUAUUUCGCAUUCUUCCAUGCAAAUACUGCCCCGUUACGCCCAUCCUAUACAACCUUGUGAAAGUGAGGAGUUGGAAAUUCUCACUCCGAGACCUACAGUGCAGAAAAAUGUCAUUUUUAUUUGGAAUUUAGACAUUUUCAAAACUCUAAUGACAGAGUCUUCUCAGGGAGAUAAGGAAAAGGAAGUUUUGUUGGAAGAAAUUGAUGACUUGGUACUAGAUUUAGCAGAAACUCAUUUUAACUUCAAAGAUUUGCAGCAUUAUGAAAUGAAGAAUGUUUAUGAAAAUCCUCUGAUAGAUACUGGACAGAAUGAGAAACAAUCUAAUUUUUCUGAUGACCCAGAAAAAUAUGGUCACCUGACUAAUGACACCCUGUCAGUGGAAGAAAAACAAAGAUUCAACAAACUAGCUUCUUUAUGUAGAAAAGUUAAAAAAUCUUAUUGUGAGAAAUGUAGGCAGAAUAUUGAUGAUUUGAUCAAAGAAGAGAAACGUCAACAGUGGUCUAAUGUUAAACAAAACAUGGAAGCAUUGAGGGAUAAAGGGCUUUCAGAAGCAAUUACAUCUUUACAAAUUAUCAACUCUAGGUCAUCAUGUGUGAAUAUUCUAUACACCACUAGUCAUCUUAUACCAGCAUUAGCACAUGUCUUAUUGUUCCAAAUGGGAAAUAUCUUCAAGAUAGAAAAUAUUUAUAGUACAGCCAAUAUUGGAAAAGAAAAAGGCUUCAAAAUGAUAUCAGAGCAGUUUGGAAACAACUGUAAUGUUUUUGGUGUUGGGAAAGAUGAUGAAAAAAUUGCAGAAAAGCUCAAGAUGGCAUUUUGGAAAGUAGCAGACCAAUCAGAUGUGGAUUCUUUACACCAUGCACUGAAAAUGAACUAUCUUUAAU